UUUAACGCAAACCUUGGCAGUAACAACGAUUCGUGUGUUGGGAUAGCCAAUUAAAUACUUCUUUUCAGUGACCGUACAUUUUUGACUCGGAAGGAAAGGUGAGGAAGCCGACAAUAUUUUAUGUUUUGGUUGUGAACUCGUCGACUUCGAGGCUGAGAACAGUUUUCAGAAUGUCAUUACGAGUGUUGCAUUUUCAAAAUGAAACCAAUGCUUCCUGCCCAGACCUCUGCGGCCAGGGAUACAAGGCAAGUUUUCACAAUCACUCAUCAGCAAAAGGACCCCGAAAGAAAAUUUACCAUGGCCACCUUGAGGGCAAGGGGCCAAGGAAAGGUGAACAUGCUGCUGUGAAGGUGUUCCGAGAUGCAGCUGGCACAGAGUCAAAGUGUGAUGCAGAAAUCAGCAAGCACAAAAUGGCGCGUAAAAUCGCAAAAAGAUUUAACAAGUUUGUGCCAGAUGAUCACUACCAGAUCAAGUUCACAUUACCCCUCAAGUCCACGGUGGACCAUCUAGGCGUCGGCUUCUACUUGACCCCUCACAAAUCUCGACACGUGGAUAAGAAAGAGUGGGUCUUGAUUGAAGAGAAUCUACUCAAACAGGGAGAAUUCCAAGUUUUCAUCAGAAAGACAGGGGAACGGCUGGGCAAAGACCCCACGUCUCUGGAUGCUUUUCUUCACUACUCUUAUCACGAGAGUCAAGGCCAUCAUGUCAUGUGUGGUCUUCAGGGUGUGCAAACAGAAAAAGGUUACCUGCUUACUACUCCAUGUAUUCAUUCUGUCGAUUCAAGUUUUGGAUCUGCAACAGACAAAGGGCCUAAAGGUAUUGUUGAGGCAUUCAAAUUUCAUAAAUGCAACAACUUGUGCUACUGUUUCCUGCGGCCUGACACCGCAGAACUGGAGACUCUUGGGGUUAAAAGCUCAGUGAGCACUGAUGAGGAACGACGGACAGAGGAGGGAGAGACAGAUGAGGAUGCUGAAGAUGAUGGCUUGAUUCAAUUCUCUUACAAUACUUCCAUGGACGCUGUUGAGGAGAAAAAGGAUUCAGUGCCAGAGGAGGACUCUCUAUCAGAAGGAAACAAGAAGAGAGAGGAUAACGCUGAAAUGAUAGAGCGAGAAGGACCUCAGGUUGGAUGAAGGCAGCUGAAAUAAGAUUGAUUUUAAAUUUGUAAGUGGUUUAAAGAAGAAAGAGAAUUUUACAGAAGUGCUUUUUGUCAUCUUAAUAUGUUGAUUGCAAUACUUUGCAACAUUUUAUCACAUUUUUUAUAAAAGCUUAAAAUUGGAGAUCUGGUAUUUUGUAUUGAUGAAAUCAAAUAUAUUAAUAUAAUACAGUAGUCUACGCCUAAGAUCCCACUGCUUAAUUUCUGCUGUUUUAAGAAAACAUAAUUUUUUUCUACUCAAAAGUCACCCCUAAGAUCCUGCGCUGAAGGUCCACAUCGGCUAAUAUCCCUAAUUUUAGAUCACAAUUUAAUUAACAAAACCCCAGGUGGGCACAGCUGAUCAACCAAAAGUGAAAAUUUGCGAUCACUGAACUGCCUGUUCCAUCACAGAUGUGCCACUCUUGUGAAUGUAAUCACAUCUUCGUUGUGAAUCUUGAUGAAACGAUACAAUGUUUGCCCCAGAUGGGAUCACAUCUUGGUGUGAACUCGGCGGUGCUGUUAUUUUCCCCAAACAUCGCAUCUAAGCUCUCAACCUAAACUUACAUCACAUGCUGGGUGGAUAGGGCUUACAAGUUAACUCCACGUGGGAUCGCAUGAAGCUGUGAACUCUUUUCUGACCACUGCCUAGUUGUCUCUACUGCCGAAUUUGCGAGACAGACUGAAUUUUAAUUGGUGUCGUCAAAACACAAUGGUGAGUAAUGACAAAGGCGGGGGAACUUUGUCAGAGAUGGAAAGCUAUAAAUUUUGGACAGGUAUAGGGGAGGAACAAUUGGAUAAGUGUAGAUCUUGAGACUCACAAUGGGAUAAUGAGUGAAUAGGGCAUGCCUCAUGCCACUGAGAUUGGUCAUCAAGGUUGACCAUUCUUUACUCCCCGGAAGUCAUAAACCCACCCAGG